CUGAACAUGGCGGAUAUUUUAUGCUGAAGUUAUAAAUAUAUGUUGCAUGUCAAAAGCUAGGACGACAUCACGUAGCUAAUUUUGCUGACCUAAUGACAAAGUUCCAGUUUGUGUAAUCAUUUUAUAUCUAGGCUACUAAAAUACUUAGAUAAUGUCACACUUCUGGCCACAGAACCGACCUUUUACAACUAAGAGGCACGCAAUUACACACGAUUACGAUGUUUCACAGAAAUCUCUGGGUGUUGGUAUAAAUGGAAAAGUUUUAGAAUGUUAUCGCAAAAGUGAUAAGGGGAAAUUUGCACUAAAGGUGCUUAAAGACUCCCUAAAAGCAAGACGGGAAUUGGAUUUACAUUGGAAGGCUUGUGAAUGUCCAUAUAUAGUUAAAAUAAUAGAUGUUUAUGAAAAUAAAUUUGGUAGAGAUGACUGUUUGCUCAUUGUUAUGGAAUGCAUGGAAGGUGGUGAGUUAUUUGAAAGGAUACAGACUAGAGGUGAUCACCCAUUUACAGAACGAGAGGCUGCCGCAACUGUCCGAAUGAUCAGUAUGGCAGUAAUUCACCUACAUACAAUGAAUAUUGCACACAGAGAUUUAAAGCCAGAAAAUCUGCUCUACUUAAAUCGUACACCAAACUCGUUGCUAAAAUUGACGGACUUUGGCUUUGCCAAAGAGACUGUUAGCGUGUCUCUGCAAACUCCGUGUUACACACCAUAUUAUGUUGCACCGGAAGUGUUAGGACCAGAAAAAUAUGAUAAAUCGUGUGACAUGUGGUCAUUAGGUGUCAUCACAUAUAUUCUUUUGUGUGGGUAUCCACCGUUCUAUAGCAACCAUGGUGCUGCUAUAUCACCUGGAAUGAAACGCAGAAUACGACAGGGGCAGUAUACGUUUCCAGAAGCUGAGUGGAAGAACGUUUCAAAUGAUGCUAAAGAUCUAAUAAAAAGUUUAUUGAAGACUGAGCCUGCACAAAGGUACUCCAUUCAGGAAGUCAUGAAUCAUCCCUGGAUUAAGAGCUACACACAAGUUCCACAAACCCCACUGCACACUGCCGCAAUAUUAGCAGAAGACGAAGAUAUGUUAACCGAAGCUCAGGACGAAAUGACUUUAGCUUUGCAAGCUAUGCGAGUACCAUUUGAGGAACAAAUUCGUCUAAAAGAAAUCAACGUGUCAUCCAAUCCGUUAUUGAAUCGACGAAACAAAAAGAAAGUACGAUAAAGAGACAGACGUUGUGAAAAAAUUUAUGUUUAUUCAAGCAAUUGCACCAUCAAAAGCCGUGCUCGAUGCUAAUGCUUUAAUUACGUAGACGAUUGUUAUAUCAUGAUACCUCCAUGGUUGAAUGGAUUACUUGUGUAAAGUUCUAUGCAGCGCCUGUGGAAAUCAUUGUCCUCUGUAACUUGAUAGCAAAUUAAAUUCACUUUUAGUAUCAAUUCUUUUGUAAAUAAUUUUUAAUCAAUACUAGUAGUAUAUUUUAAGAAAAGAAA